CUGGAAGAAGAUGUAAGACUUCAGAAAGGCUGACAUACUCAGACACACUCAAUAUUAUGAGCUUCAACAAGACGUUCCUCUUAAUUAUUCUGCAAGGUUUGCACUCGGUGACCGUCGGCCAGACAUGGACUUUCCCCCAAAGAAUAGAGGCUUUAAUUGGCUCCUGCGUGGUGAUUCCCUGCUCAUUUACACGUGCUGAGAGUUCUAUGUCAGAUGACGUUGUCUGGUAUCUGUAUAGCAGAACAUUUUAUCCAGAGGUUUUUAACAGCAGAGGGAAUUCCGAAACUAUAAGUGCAUACAGAGGACGCACAUCACUAGUGAGCACAGAAACAAUGAGCUGCUCUCUGAGGAUAAAUUAUGUGAGAUCAGAAGAUGAAGCUUAUUAUUAUCCAGGAAUAGAUACAAAUUCAAAUGCAUAUGAUACAGAUGAAAAGGCUGUCAGACUUUUAUUAAGAGAGAAACCUCAUGAGCCAGUUAUUCAGUGGAGUGGAGACAUGAUUGAAGGACAACCGAUCACCAUUACCUGCCAAGUGGAACAUACCUGUUGGUCCAACCCUCCUACUAUCGGAUGGAACAAACGUGGUCAGCGUGGCAACACAUAUCAAAGUAACUUCACCGCUGGAGGAUGGAAAUCUGUAUCAGAGCUAAUCUAUACUCCUUCAUCUAAUGACCAUAAUACUCUGAUAAUGUGCUCAGCUAUUCAUCACAAUGGAAAAAAAAGUCUGAGUUCUACCAGGCUAGACAUCAAUUUUUCUCCAAAGAAUGUAACAGUUCUAAUUACUGGAAAACAAGAAAUCAUGGAGGAAGAUGACGUAACGUUAUUAUGCGACAGCAAAUCAAAUCCUGUUGCUACAUCCUACGAAUGGUACAGGGGAACCGAAAAGUUAAUUACGUCAUAUGAAACAAAGCAGAUCUUAGUUACAAACGUGAGCUUUGAAAAUAUAGUGUAUUCCUGUCUUGCAAAGAAUGAGAUUGGGACCGGAGAAUCGGAUCCAACAGAGAUACCGGUGCAAUAUUGUGCAAAAGGAGUCAGAAUCAACAGUCCAAAUUACAGCGUUAUUGAAGGUGACACAAUGGAACUUGGAUGUGAAUUCUGGAGAAGUAAUCCAGAGCCGAAAUUCUAUACCUGGUAUUGGAAUGGCUUCACGUUAAUAAAUGAGAAUAAACAAAAAUUAAUUCUACAUAACAUCACAUCUGCAUCAUCUGGUUAUUACCGCUGUGAAAUUCACAAUGAAGUUGGGAAUUCAGUCUCUGAACCCGUCUCUAUUAUUGUUUCUGAAACGGAUUCAUCUGCUGAAAUCUUCCCAAACACCCUGAUAUUUAUUGUGACUGGAAUAAUCAUUCUUAUUCUGUUUGCACUGAUUGGAUGCAUUUGCUGGAGGUGUGGAAAGUGCCAAGAAUGUUUAGGCUGUAAGAGAAAUUGCAGAACGACUAGCCACUCGCCUGAUCCUCUGUAUGCCGAUCUUCAAAAGGAGAAUAUUUCCCCCGAUUAUGACAUGCUGAAGCCCAAAGUUCAAAACCACCUUCAAGUCAAAGAGACAAAGAUCGAUGAGUUACCAGAAUAUGAAAAUGUUUAGAUGUAAAUUUAAAUCUGUCAUAGUUGAUGAUGAAGGCAUAUGUUAUUAUGUAUAAGGCAUAUAUGGUUAAUGUCACAUGAAAUAAAGCACUAAAUUUA